CGCGCGCGCGGAGCUGCGGCUUACCUGGCUGAAGGUAUGCGGAAGUGAGGCGGAGAAGAAGGCUGUUGUUGCGGACAGAGAGGGUUUCCAGGCUAUUUCUCGUGAUCAGCAGCACUCGUCGGGAUGUUUGUUUGUGACAGGAGGACGUUCAUGGAGUGGACACCGUCGCUGUUGAUGAUGCUGGAGGCUGGUUUUCUCUGCUGAGCUUCACGUCAAACACGAUCCAGCAUGUUCUUCAAGGCUACUGAGGAGAACAUGGAGAUGUCUGAAAAAGGGAACGGUCAGCGCAGCACUGAUCCUUUACUUCCUUCAAUGUAUGAAAAGGAUAUUGCACAGCGGCUGCAGAGGACAUUUGACUACGUACUAGUGGCCAACAAGGAGAAUGACGAUGAGGACCCAAGGUUCCCGAGGCGAAAAGCCUUUUUAGACGCACUAAAGGAGAAACGGUUUCAAGUCAAAGAAAUUGUCUAUGACGAUAAAACAUUUUACGGCCUGCAAGCCCCCAGAGAGAUAUUUGAGGACUAUCAGUACCUGCUCAAAGUUUCUGACUCCUGCAACUGGUGUGGAGAUGAGAAAGGAAUCACUCAGGCUAACCGGAUCCGAAUUAUACAUUUCAUUCUCUACAACACUGGCAUCAAAAAAGAUGAUGGUGGAAAGGAGAAACUGGAGGAGCUGAUUCAGAAGGGUGUGUUUCAAACUACGUUCUGUCUUCAUGAGAAAAAGGACCAGAAGCUCCUGAGAGCGAAAUGGGCUCAAUGGUCAGCUGUUUUUAAAGAUCAACCAUUUGACGACAUCAAGCUGUACUUUGGAGAGAAGGUGGCACUGUACUACCUGUGGCUGAGCUUAUACACCAAAACACUGAUUCCAGCGGCUGUUCUGGGCGUAGUAAUCUUCCUCUAUGCUCUGGCCUUUUUCAACACCAGCUCUCUCAUUAAGGAGGUGUGUGAGUCUAACAUCACCAUGUGUCCUCCCUGUGAUAAGAGGUGUGGAGUAUGGCAGCUCUCAGACACAUGCACCUAUGCAAAGGUCAGCCAUUUGUUUGACAACGAAGGCACGGUUGCAUUUGCUAUGUUCAUGGCAAUCUGGGCCACACUCUUCCUGGAGCUGUGGAAGAGACACAGAGCCAAAUAUGUCUCUUCCUGGAAGGUCUUUGACUGGUGUGAGGAGGAGGAGGAACUGAUCAUGGACAUCGUCAAUGAUCCAAACUGUGAGCCCAAAAGGUUCAUACACUCUUACUGGCGCAGCACCCUCGUCCUCAUCCUAGUCACAGUCAUGCUGAUGGUGAUCCUCGGACUCACUCAUGCUCUUGUGGUGUUUCGGGUGGUGGCUGCUCCUUUGAUGUCGGAUAGCAAGUGGGAAUUUCUAGAAGCCCACGCCAACACUUUGGCUCUGCUGAUGGGAGCAGUGCUGCACUACAUCACCAUUCAGGUCAUGACCAAGGUUAACAGAUGUGUGUCCCUAAAACUGUGUGAGCUAGAGAAGCUGAACUCAGUCGCUGCCAAAGAGAGAAGCUUCACAGUCAAGAUGUUUACCUUCCAGUUCUUCACUCUCUUCUCCUCUCUCUUCUACGUGGCUUUUUUUCUGGGCAGGGUAAACGGACAUCCAAGAAACUACUCUCGCCUUGCAGGGUUUAGACUGGAAGAGUGCCACCCUAGUGGCUGUUUAACGGACCUCUUUAUCCAAAUGGCAGUGAUCAUGCUGCUCAAGCAGACUAUCAACAACAUCUUGGAGUUCACUGUGCCUUGGGUCAAGAGCUUCAUAAGAAGAAAAACGGCAAAGCGGCUGAAGAGACAGUGCGGUCGCUGUUACAGGAAGGCUUGUCGCAGUGAGCAGGGCAGUGUUGAGCGAUGUGACACUUGCAAAAUCCGAGACUGGCUAAGAAACUACCACCUGGAUAACUCGGAUGCCUUCAGCCUGUUUAAUGAGUUCCUGGAAAUGGUGAUCCAGUUCAGUUUCACCACCAUAUUUGUGGCUGCAUUCCCCCUGGCGCCCCUUCUGGCUCUUAUCAACAACAUCUGGGAGAUCCGCCUGGAUGCCAUCAAAAUGACCCGCUUGGAGCGGCGCCUUAUUCCCAGGAAGACCAACGACAUAGGUGUGUGGAUGCAGGUGUUGGAAGUUAUUGGUGUACUGGCCGUGAUAGCUAAUGGCUUGGUCAUUGGAAUCUCAUCGGACUUUAUUCCUCGUCUGGUUUACCGCUAUCAUUAUGGCCCAUGUUCCCGUGGCAGCCCUUCCACAGACUGUAUGGAAGGCUACAUUAAUGACACUCUGUCCGUAGCCUUCUUGUUGACUGAAAAAAUAGGUGAAAAUAAAUACAAUCAUACAUUUAUAGAUCCGGUGCUGAGAAACCAAGUCAACGUCUCCCAGUGCAGCUAUAGAGACUACAGGAACACGGAGGACUACUCUCUGACCCCAAAGUUCUGGUUCGUCCUGGCUGUACGCUUUGCCUUCGUCAUUCUCUUUGAGCAUGUUGUGGUGGUGUGUAAGUUCAUCGCGGCUUGGUUCGUCCCAGGCAGUCCCAUGAGGGUUAAGAAUAAACGCUUGGAUGAUAAGAUGAAACGACUCAAGGAUGAAUUACGAGAGAAGAGAUAUGGCAAAGGAACAGUAGUGUGACCUAAGCUGACCACAGAUCUGCUUCCAUUGAAAGGCGUUUAAAUGGAAAUGUUGCACUAAUGCUUUUUAAUCAUUUAUACCUACUGUUGGAACACAGUAACUCAGAUUAAUGUGAGAUCUUUGUUCAAGAAAAAUUUAUUAAAAGCUUUAGGCUUUGUUUCAUUGUGAAAUUUAAGAAAUGUAUUUUUUAUGUUUAUAAUUUGUUGCUGAAUAAUACGCAGCGGACCAUUCAACUUCAUUCUUAAAGUUGUGUCAUUGUUGUUCUUCUCUCAGGUUUUUCGGAAACGACAAAUAGAGAUAUUUUUAAGAAGACAUGUGCAGUGACCCAAACUGCAGGGUACUUUCAUUUCAAUGUUUGUAGCUAAUUUAGUAAUGGAAGAUAAAUAUGGAGCCAUCUCUUUGUUCUGUGUACAUCAUUUAAACAAAUGAAAUAAAUGAGCCUUUCUUCGAGGCUUGUCUCAUGUUAGCUGUAUAUUCUCUGCACUGUUGGCUAAAGAAUAUGAAAUACAUGAAUAAAUACAAAUAAAAUAUCAAUGAAGGAAAGGGGAUUAAACAAUACAUACUACAUCUACGCUUGUUUUUUUUUUUUUUUGGAAAUAAACACUUGGAAUGAGCUGAAGGUUUUCUGGGAAGCAGGUUUUAUACAUAACAGAGCAUAUCUCCAUAUUAUUUUAGAUGAACAGACUUUAACACUGCUGUUCAGAUUAAAUCGUGUUUGUAUUAGGACAGAGGCUGAACAUGGGAUCAAUUCUCAUGUCUUUGUUACUUUUGCAUUUAUCAUUUGUUUUUCAUUUGUUCAAUGAAGUUUACUGUUGCUUUGGUGAAAAACUGCAUGUGAAAUGAUGCUUUGCCACUUUUUUUGUCUACAACAUUAAAAAAAAAGUUAUUUUUGUAA